AAGUUACAUCUAGCAAAAAAUGGCAGUGAGUUUGGUCCAGAAACGUUUCAUGUCCAGCGCCUUACAGAAAUGGGCCUACCAAUUGUCCGGUUUCAACAAAUACGGACUGCACAGAGAUGAUCUUUUGCAUGAAAAUGAAGACGUAAAAGUGGCUCUUAAGAGAUUACCCCAAGAUGUCGUCGACCAACGUAACUACAGGCUUCUUAGGGCCACCCAAUUGUCCAUCCAAAAGGACAUACUUCCCAAAAACCAAUGGACAAAAUUGGAAGACGAUAAGCUGUACUUAACACCCCUAGUUGAGGAUGUUAUUCGAGAAAGGGAAGAACAGGAAGAAUGGAACAAGAACUACUAAAUAAUUAAAAUAAAGUGAAUUUUGAUAGCGUUGUUGUAAUAUAAAUUUUGUUUAUUGUAUUUAAUAAAUUGUGUAGAUGUUAGAA